AUGGAUAUUGUUAUACCUAAAAGUGCUGGGUUUGUUGCCGAUUUUCAAAAUCACACACACCUACCAAAUGGCCAUGCCCAACAACAGAAGCUGCGCUUCUGCUCGCCCACCGCGAACUCGGUGAUUUUCAUCUAUGGUGAAAUGGAUAAUGCGACGACUGCUUUUCAAAUACUGCUCAGCAUCACCUGCUACGCCAUCGUAUUUUGGAAGAGCGCCAAUAAAGCGCAACCGUUUCUGGCCAUCAUCAACCAGCUGCUGUCCGUGGACCAAGAACUGCAGCAGUAUCCACGCGCACCAGCGGCGCUGGAGAAUAAAUGCGACUUCUACAAGGGCUAUCUGCUGAUGCUGCUCGCGCACAUUUCGACCUUUUGGAGCAUGAAAUGGAUGAAUUCGCAUGAAUGCAACUCGAGUAUGAUCUGCGUUUGCAUAUUCUUCAUCUACCUAUACAUGCACGCAGUAAUUAACGCUUAUGUUGUAUUUGUGGCGAUUUUGUUGCAUUUGUUGACUAUGCGUUUUCGCUAUUUAAACAGUUUUAUUGGAAUAUAUGCCGCAAAGAGGAACGCCGUGGGUUGCGCAGGGGUGUCGACGCAGUGCGGCGACGGCACGUGGGCUGGAUGUGGGGGCGAGCGCACUGCGGAGGAUGUGGACUUUGUUGUUUUCUCACAGGACAUGAUAUUCUUCUAUCGCUUGCACAAUCAUUUGCUGGUGAUCUUUGAGACGCUCAACGAUUAUGUGCACAUCGCGCUACUGGUUUUCAUCGGUUACUUCCUCUAUGGCAGCACCAUUGCAGUGUACUAUUUUUAUUUCGCCGCGAUAUUGAGGGAUGACAUACAGAUUAUAUCGGUGAUAUGGUGUGCGCUAUUUCUCUGUUUGCAUGGCCCGACGGCCGCUGUGCUGAUGCGCAAGAGUGAUGCGGCUGCUAAAGAGGCAAAUGCUACCUCAUGUCAUUUGGCGCGCAUUUAUGGCAGAGGCUUGGACCAGCAAAAACUGAUUUGUUCAGCUAUAACAACAUAUUUGGUCAUACUCAUACAGUUUAGACAACUGGAGGACUCAAGGGCUCAGAAUUCAAAACAUCGUGCAACUGAUGAAUUAUAA